UCGUUCAACAGUAAUCAACAGUUAACCAGAAUCAGACUUAAGGGUUCUGUAUAUCUCAUUCUUGACGCGCCAAUGGUCCACUGCACUUGACCUCCCUUCAUCCUUUUUGCCGAUCUCAGAAACACCCCCGCAUACACCGUCAAAACUUCCGGUAGCAAUUUCCAGUCAUGAACCAGCCCAUCGUCCAGGGCGCUUUACCCAUCCUGUCCAAUGUCCUCGGCAACAACACCGUCGCAGGUCUUAUGGCCGUUAUCAACAUGGCCCUCAACACUGUCACGUCCGCGACCGCUGCUGUCAAUGGCUACAACAGUUACUCUGGAGAGCGAACGUACUUUGGACAAAAACAAGGUGACAACCAGGGCCAGCACUUCGAGUCGGCUUUCAUGUCUGCACUUUCCAUGGUCUUCUCGGCCAUCAACUCGACCUUUGCUUCAUUGACGGCAUCUCAGACCCCCUUGACGACAUAUAUCCUCCUUGCCUUGCUGUCGUAUGUGGCUUUCAGGAUCGUAUACGGAAUUGUUUCGUGGGUCGUGCGCUCGGUGUUGAAUCUCAUCAAGAUCUCGAUCAUCAUCACGGUUAUUACAAGCAUUAUCUGGUUCGUAAUCAAUGUAACCAGCGGAGGCGAAGGAGGAACGGGCUCAGACGCAUACGGCACAGGACAGCAACGUCAACAUCAGGAUCCCAUCUCGCAGGUGCUCCACAGUCUCCAGAGCAAGUUCAAGGCGGAAUUUGAACGACAGCGGCAAUAUCUCCAGAACCCACACGUUUAUUAGCUGCCAUGAUCCACACUUUUUGUCUUACGUGUCUGCGCGCAAUUGAAUAAGAUCACUAUUUUGUCACA